UUGAGAGUGUUAGCGCAUUCUUCAUUCUUUCUACAACUCCUUCACUCAGACUUCUCAGCUGUCGCAAUCUAUAAUGGCCGAUCCUUUGUUAACCUCUCUUUGCGGAAUAUGUCACAUAUCGACCCCGAAAUACAAAUGCCCACGAUGCGGUACUCGAACCUGUUCCCUAGCGUGCAUAAAAAAGCACAAAGCCUGGUCUGAAUGCUCCGGCGAACGCGACGCAACAGCCUACAUGGCUCCAUCGAAACUCCGUACUCCCGCCGGUGUCGAUCACGAUUACAAUUUCCUCCAUGGAAUUGAACGCUCUGUCGAGCGCGCCGAGAAGCUUCUCGUCGAGGAGCGCGGCAUCGUGCAAGAGGAGGAAUUGCGACCGAUGACAGUCCAAGAAGUUAAAUGGAAGCCUGGAAGAGAUGGACGCAAGCGCAAGGUUCUCGUUACCAGAGUCUUGCGCGAAGCCAAAGGAAGAACCUUCGAACGGUUUUUGGCUGCACGAUUGAGGAAGUUGAACAUCACUAUCGUGUGUGCGCCGCUGGGAAUGGCUAGGCAGAAGGAGAACCACACUACACUCAAUCGGCGAACUAACAGAAUUAAUUGGCAAGUUGAGUGGAUGGUGUUGGAGAAUCUUCCUGAUGCAGAGCCAAAGAAGGUCCGCAUAUUAUCGAAGGUUAUGGAUGAUAUGCCACUAUACGAAGCAUACCAUACUUCACUAGAAGAACAGCUAAAGGCAAAAGGACAGCAUGCCAAGAAGACUCCACGAGCAGGUUCGGACGGGCAAGUGCAGGACUUGAUGAAUUCGACAUGGUCUUCUGGAUCAUUUGCGCUCCAAGAUCCCUUUACAGGUACUUGGACGAACCAUCAUAACACAGAGCCAGGCUUGUGGCCAUCUGAGAAAACAGAAGCUCAGAAGAAGCAAUUCCAAUUCUUUCUCGCAAAGUUCCGAACUCCUUCAGACAAGCCUUCUGUAGUCACCAGACUCAACUCUGAAGACUGCUUGCGAGAGGUGCUCAGAAAUACGCGCGUGCUGGAAUUUCCAACAAUAUGGGUUCUUAGCCAUGAUCAGAAUCUUCCUGAGACCUUUACGCUUGGACCUAAGGAUAAAGCCCCUCAGGAAAGUAACAAAAGGAAAAACCCCCCUGGAAAGAAAGGCCCGGUCAAACCGAACAAGAGAAGAAAUAGGGGCAAGGAUGUAGAAGAAGGUGAGGUCAGGAGUGAUGAGGAGGGAGACGACUCAGAUGCUGGCAUAAACGCUGGAGUUAAGGGAGUUGGAGUUAAUCUUGAGGAAGGUGAUGUGAUUGCCGAGCAGAGUCUCGGGGAAGAGGAUGAUGAUGACGAUGAUGAGACGAGUAGUUCUGGAAGUGACAGCGAGUAAGACUGGGCAGGGGUAAAAUUGGCGAAGAUACAACUAUAAUGAUACCCUAAAAUGAACAAUAAAUCUUAUGCCAAGUUGUACAUACUAUUUUCUCCUUCGAAUGCUCCUUAAUUACUUUGUUGCUUU